AUGGAAACUGUUAACCAAGUCUCCAACCUACCUAUAACACCCACGAGGUUACAAGAUGUGAGAGACCAUACUGCUGCUGACAGUGGUUUCCAAUUUCUAAUUCGAGUGAUUCAGGAAGGAUGGCCUGAACGCACGGACAACUUACCGCCAGCAGUGGUACCCUACUUCAACCUGAGAGAUGAGCUGACAACUGGCGUUAUUCUCAAAGGUCAGCAAAUUGUCAUACCUCAAUCUCUACGGGCAGAUAUGCUACAUCGUAUCCACUCAUCACAUGUGGGUAUUGAAGAAUGUUGCCGUAGAGCUCGAGAUUGUGUCUACUGGCCAGGGAUGAGUGCUGCAGUUAAGGACUUCAUUGAGAAGUGUGACAUUUGCCGUUCCUAUGGAAGCAAGCAGCCAAAGGAAACCUUACACCCGCAUGUAAUCCCUGACAGACCAUGGGCGAAGGUAGGCAGUGAUGUAUUUACAUUUGAUGGCAAUGACUAUUUAGUCACAGUGGAUUACAACUCCAAUUUCUGGGAACUAGACUACCUGGAAAAUACAACCAGUUCUACCAUAAUCUGUAAACUGAAAGCCCAGUUUGCCAGACACGGAAUCCCAGAAAUCUUUAUAUCCGAUAAUGCGUCCAACUACACAUCGGAAGAGUUUCACAAGUUCAGCCGAAAAUGGGAUUUUCAGACGAAAACGUCCUCUCCAGGUUUCCCACAGAGUAAUGGUAAGGCUGAAAAUGCAGUGAAAACAGCUAAGUCCCUGAUGCGGAAGUCAAAAGCGUCCAGGACUGACCCAUAUUUGGCAAUUCUUGACUUCCGCAACACCCCGACACAAGGUGUCGAUGCUAGUCCUGUACAAAGACUUAUGAGCCGUAGAACAAGGACACUGCUCCCGACUAUUCCAAAACAGCUUAAACCACGUGUUUCCCACUUCUCGCCGAAGUUCCGACACCAGCGAAAACGACAAGAGAUGUACUACAACAGAGGUACAAGAGACCUUCCCAUGCUAAGGAAAGGGGAUGUGGUACAGAUUCAGCCGCAAGGACAGGUGCGUGGACAGACUUGGCAAAAAGCCCAAAUUACCGGAUCAGUGAACAGUAGAUCAUACAAUGUGGUCACGGAGGACAAUCGAACAUUACGCAGAAACCGUCGUCAUCUGCGCAAGUCUGGUGUAAGUUUCAGUGUAUCACCUCCCUAUGACACUGACCCCCAGACACCCGAUCAGCCGCUGUCUUCAAGUACGCCAACCGGAGAACGCGAAGUUCCUCCUGCAAGUGACAUUAAUGCAGACCAACGAGUUACUAGGUCUGGUCGUGUGGUGACCAAACCGCAAUGGUUUAAGGACUUCGUGAUGGACAAAUAA